CAAUUUAGUAACUCACUGCAACCCUAUAAGUAUGGUAGUUUGCAAAGUAUGGGCAGUCGCAAUGGCUAACCUACAGAAAGCAGAGUUCACGUUGUCGCAGAGAGGAGGAAAACAGGUUCUACACGGAGGUCACAAGUAUCGACUGCACGUUGACAGACAGGUAGCCACUCACUGGAAGUGUAUCAUCGACAAGUGCAAGGGUAGAUGCAGCACCAUUGGGGAUCACAUCACUUCAGUAUCAGAACACAACCAUCCUCCACUAGUGAAUGAAGAAGAGAGUCGACUUCUCACCAGACUUAGACAACGCGUUCAAGAAGAGAUCAAGCCUGUCCAGCAAAUCUACAAUGAAGAGACCCAGAACCUAGACGAAGAAGCUGCUGCUACUGUUGCUUCCUUCUACAGUAUCAAGUCUGGACUCUACCGUCAGCGUGCCAAGGUUCUUCCACCAGUCCCACGUACCCGUGCUGAUGUAGACCUCACAGGUUCCUGGACUGAGACAACAGACGGACAACAGUUCCUGGUUGUAGACAGCGAAGAUGAAGACAGGAUCCUGAUCUUCAGUACCGCAGAGAUGCUGGACAUCCUCGCCAAUGCAGAAACCAUCUACAUGGACGGAACAUUUUUGUGUGUCCCAGCCUGUGGCAACAAGUCUACAUUGUGCACUGCCUUGUGGAUGGACAGAUGUUCCCAGUCGCCUUCUCCCUGCUGCCAAACUGACUACGAAGCUGCUGCUAUUGGAGCCACUGAGAGAGUCUUCCCGAUGCAGAAGUCCGUGGAUGCUACUUCCACUUCACCCAGGCGGUUUGGCGGCAGGUUUCAGAGAAAGGCCUUGUGA